CGCACUCUUCUUCCCAAGGCUCACGCGCACCGCGUGGCGGCAGCCGCAUAACCGCAUCCUGGCCACCGAGACCCCACGUACCUGCCCCCCGAGCUCGCCGCCUCGCCACCGCCCAGCCAGCAGUGGCCAGUGCCCUCCGCAUGGCCGCGCGCGCGCCGCUCGCCAUGCCUCGCGCCGCCGCGGCCGGCCCGCGGCCGGCGGCGACACCCGUGGCCCCGCGCCCAACCGCGCCGUGCCUCCGCGCGCGGGGCACGAGCGGCGUCCCCCUCCUCCACCAGCGGCCAGCGCAGCGAGCUCACCGCCUCCUCCUCCCUGCCGCCAGGCCGGGAGCCAUCGGGAGCGCCGCGGAGGCCGCGCCGGCGGGGGCGCUGUCCCAGAAGCUGCAGGGGGUGGAGGUGUUCGACCUCAGCGGCAAGGCGGUACCCAUCGUUGAUCUGUGGAAGGACAGGAAAGCCGUGAUCGCGUUUGCCCGCCAUUUUGGGUGUGUGCUGUGCCGGAAGAGGGCCGAUCUUCUCGCAGAGAAACAGGAUGUCAUGCAAGCUGCUGGAGUUGCUCUUGUCUUAAUUGGACCAGGUAGUGUUGACCAGGCUAAGGCAUUUUCUGAGCAAACCAAAUUCAAAGGAGACGUAUAUGCAGACCCAACUCACUCAUCAUAUGAUGCUCUUGAAUUCGCAUUUGGGCUGUUCUCAACCUUUACACCGGCGGCUGGGCUCAAGAUAAUACAGUUGUACAGGGAAGGAUAUAGGCAGGAUUGGGAAUUGUCAUUCGAAAAGAACACCAGGACAAAAGGUGGAUGGUAUCAAGGGGGACUACUUGUUGCAGGUCCUGGUAUCGACAACAUCCUGUACAUCCACAAGGACAAAGAAGCUGGAGAUGAUCCUGACAUGCAGGAUGUUUUGAGAGCAUGUUGUUCCUAGAAAAUUAGUGUCCCCACACUCACACCAUAUGUAUAGGUCAGGUUGUAAGUAGCUCUGAAUCUUCAGAUGGACACACUUUUUUGUGCUGCGAAAGCCGAGCAAACGGAUAUACGCAUGAUUUACAAUUGUUGUAUAUAAAUUGUAUAUUUAUAUCUACUACGCGAACCUGUAGCAUCUGGUAUGUUUGUUCUGUUUAGGGGCGGAUCCAGCGGUAGGUCUGGAGGGGCUCGAGCCCCUCUUACCGUUGGAAAUCCAAUGAAGCCUCCCCGCUACAAAUUUGAGGAAGAAGAAUGAGGGAAGAGGAGGUUGGAAGAGGAAGAAGAGGAAUAGAGCCCCUCGUGAGCUCAAUCCUGCCCCCGCCACUGGUUCUGUUUUUCCUUACUGUCGCGCUGAGUUUUUACAUUCAAGCGGACACUGUAUCAGCUUGUAUUGUAUCUGAGUUCUAGACAUGCACUUCUCGGUGCUCGACCAUGUAUUCGUUUGCCUGUCUAGCGACUGAGACUUUAACCUGUAUACCCUAAUGUUAAGUGCUCUUGACCUCCAUAUUCCUA